UGGGGGAAAAGAAAGAGAGGGGGGAAGAAACUGAAAUUGAAAACAGACACACGCGUCCAACCUUCCCCGCCCCCUCGCCCCCCUUCUCCCGGCCUGAGCCAAUCAGAGGCGGCCCUGCAGCCUUUCCCCCAAAGUUGGGGGGGGGGGCGGGGAAGCCCACAGUGGUGUGAGCUCGUGGGGCUGCCAGCGCCCGCAGUCCCUGCCCAUCCCGUCUGGGACCCAGGAUCCCUCUGGGAACAAGUUGGAGGCAGAGAGGAGGACAGCAAGGAGAGAACCGGCCCCUGUGACCAGCGGCGCCGGGCAGCAGCCUGUGCCCGGCAGCGCAGCCGGCCAGACCUAGGGCGGCCCCUCCUGGCAGCCCGGCUCCUCCAGAAGGAUGCUUUGGGAGUGAGGCCACUCUUCACCCCUGCAGACCCCCACUCCCUCCAUUCUCCCGAGGCUCCCGGAGACGGCAGCUGUCCUCCCUGCUCUUCUGCCCAGCCGCUGCCCCAUUUGGGGUCCAGCAAAGUCUUUCUGUUAAUGAGAGGUCAGUGAGGAGGACUUCCUGGAGGGGGUGAGAGCCCAGAGCUCAGGACUGUGCCCACACCCAGAGGCAUCAGCGUCAAGAACCACCGUGGGAUACCCUCCCCUGGCAUCAUCCGCCAAAGAACCCAACUAAACCCUGGAGGCCGAGCUGGAGGCCGAGCUGAAGGCUGCCCCCUCCCAACUGGAAGAAUCCCAUAUUCAUGACACUUGCCAUUUACUGAGCACCUAUUACGUGACAGGUGCUUUUCAUCACCAUCGCUACCCCUUACAGCAAUGGAAAAGGAAGUCUCUUGCGUCGUUUUCCUGGAAAUUGGGACUCAGGGAGCUCACACAGUGACGAGGACACCAUGCAGCCUCCAAGCACCAUGCCAGCUCCUGUCCUCAAAGGCCGGGUGCUGUUGCUGCCCCUCCUGUUCCUGCUGGGCCCACAGGCCUCCUGGGGUCUGGUCAUCACACCCCCGGGGCCAGAGCUUGUCCUCAAUGUCUCCAGCAACUUCGUUCUGACCUGCUCGGGUCCCGCUCCAGUGGUGUGGGAACGGAUGUCCCAGGAGCCCCUGCAGAAAAUGACCAAGACCCAGGAUGGCACCUUCUCCAGCACGCUGACACUGACCAAUGUCACUGGGAUAGACACGGGAGAAUACUUUUGCACCUACAAAGGCUCCCAUGGGCUGGAGCCUGGUGAACGAAAACGGCUCUACAUCUUUGUGCCAGAUCCCGCGAUGGGUUUUCUCCCUGUCGACCCCGAGGAACUAUUCAUCUUCCUCACGGAAAUAACUGAGAUCACAAUUCCAUGCCGAGUGACGGAUCCGAGACUGGUGGUGACGUUGCAUGAGAAGAAAGUGGAUAUCCCACUGCCCAUCCCCUAUGACCACCAACGUGGCUUCUCUGGUACCUUUGAGGACAAGACCUAUGUCUGCAAAACCACCAUCGGGGACAGGGAAGUGGAUUCUGAAGCCUACUAUGUCUACAGCCUCCAGGUGUCAUCCAUCAAUGUCUCAGUGAAUGCAGUGCAGACUGUGGUCCGUCAGGGUGAGAACAUCACCAUCAUGUGCAUUGUGACCGGAAAUGAGGUGGUCAACUUUGAAUGGACAUACCCACGCAUGGAGAGUGGGCGGCUGGUGGAGCCAGUGACUGACUUCCUCUUCAAUAUGCCCUCCCACAUACGCUCCAUCCUGCACAUCCCUAGUGCUGAGCUUGGCGAUUCAGGGACCUACAUCUGCAAUGUCUCGGAGAGUGUGAAUGAGCAUCAAGAUGAAAAGUCCAUCAAUGUCACUGUGGUUGAGAACGGCUACGUGCGGCUGCUGGGAGAGCUGGAUGCCGUACAAUUCGCGGAGCUGCACCGCAGCCGGACUCUGCAGGUCGUGUUCGAGGCCUACCCGCCGCCUACUGUCAUGUGGUUCAAGGACAACCGCACGCUAGGCGACUCCAGCGCAGGCGAGAUCUCCCUGUCCACACGCAAUGUGUCUGAGACCCGGUAUGUGUCAGAACUGACGUUGGUGCGGGUGAAGGUGGCUGAGGCUGGCCGCUACACCAUGCGGGCCUUCCAUGAGGACGCGGAGGCCCAACUGUCCUUCCAGCUGCAGGUCAACGUGCCUGUCCGUGUGCUGGAGCUGAGUGAAAGCCACCCUGCCAGUGGGGAGCAGACGGUCCGCUGUCGCGGCCGGGGCAUGCCCCAGCCAUACCUCACCUGGUCUACCUGCAGCGACCUCAAAAGGUGUCCGCGCGAGCUGCCGCCCACGCCGCUGGGGAACAGUUCGGAGGAGGAGAGCCAGCUGGAGACUAACGUGACAUACUGGCCCGAGGAUCAGGAGUUCGAGGUGGUGAGCACACUGCGCCUGCGCCGUGUGGAUCAGCCGCUGUCAGUGCGCUGCACUCUACACAACCUGCUGGGACGCGACAUGCAGGAGGUCACCGUGGUGCCGCACUCUCUGCCCUUCAAGGUGGUGGUGAUCUCGGCCAUCCUGGCCUUGGUGGUCCUCACAGUCAUCUCCCUCAUCAUCCUCAUCAUGCUCUGGCAGAAGAAGCCACGUUAUGAGAUCCGAUGGAAGGUGAUUGAAUCCGUGAGCUCCGAUGGCCAUGAGUAUAUCUACGUGGACCCUAUGCAGCUGCCCUACGACUCCACGUGGGAGCUGCCACGGGACCAGCUUGUGCUUGGGCGCACCCUCGGCUCCGGGGCCUUUGGGCAGGUGGUGGAGGCCACGGCUCACGGCCUGAGCCAUUCACAGGCCACGAUGAAAGUGGCGGUCAAGAUGCUGAAAUCCACAGCCCGCAGCAGCGAGAAGCAAGCCCUCAUGUCAGAGCUGAAGAUCAUGAGUCACCUCGGGCCCCAUCUGAACGUGGUCAACUUGUUGGGGGCCUGCACCAAAGGAGGACCCAUCUACAUCAUCACCGAGUACUGCCGCUACGGCGACCUGGUGGACUACCUGCACCGCAACAAGCACACCUUCCUGCAGCGUUGCUCCGACAAGCGCCGCCCGCCCAGCGCCGAGCUCUACAGCAACGCCCUGCCCGGCGGGCUCCCGCUACCCAGCCACGUGUCUCUGCCUGGGGAGAGCGACGGUGGCUACAUGGACAUGAGCAAGGAUGAGUCGGUGGACUACGUGCCCAUGCUGGACAUGAAAGGAGGCAUCAAAUAUGCAGACAUCGAGUCCUCCAGCUACAUGGCCCCUUAUGACAACUAUGUCCCCACCGCUCCCGAGAGGACCUGUCGGGCAACUCUGAUCAACGAGUCCCCAGUGCUUAGCUACACAGAUCUCGUGGGCUUCAGCUACCAGGUGGCCAAUGGCAUGGAGUUCCUGGCCUCCAAGAACUGUGUCCACCGAGAUCUGGCAGCCAGAAAUGUGCUCAUCUGUGAGGGCAAGCUGGUCAAGAUCUGUGACUUCGGCCUGGCUCGUGACAUCAUGCGAGACUCGAACUAUAUCUCCAAAGGCAGUACCUUCCUGCCUCUGAAGUGGAUGGCUCCCGAGAGCAUCUUCAACAGCCUCUAUACCACCCUGAGCGAUGUGUGGUCCUUCGGGAUCCUACUCUGGGAGAUCUUCACCCUGGGUGGCACCCCUUACCCAGAGCUGCCCAUGAACGAGCAGUUCUAUAAUGCUAUCAAGCGGGGGUACCGCAUGGCCCAGCCUGCCCACGCCUCCGACGAGAUUUAUGAGAUCAUGCAAAAGUGCUGGGAAGAGAAGUUUGAGAUCCGGCCUCCUUUCUCCCAGCUGGUGCUGCUCCUUGAGAGGCUGCUAGGCGAGGGGUACAAGAAGAAGUACCAGCAGGUGGAUGAGGAGUUUCUGAGGAGCGACCACCCAGCCGUCCUUCGGUCCCAAGCCCGCUUGCCUGGCUUCCAUGGCCUCCGAUCCCCCCUGGACACCAGCUCUGUCCUCUACACGGCUGUGCAGCCCAAUGAGGGUGACAACGACUACAUCAUCCCCCUGCCUGACCCCAAACCUGAGGUUGCUGAUGAGGGCCCACUGGAGAGUUCUCCCAGCCUUGCCAGCUCCACCCUGAAUGAAGCGAACACGUCCUCUACCAUCUCCUGUGACAGCCCCCUGGAGCCCCAAGAGGAGCCCGAACCCCAGGUGGAGCCGGAGCUGGAGCCACCAGUGGACUCGAGCUGCCCUGGGCAUCGGGCUGAGGCAGAGGACAGCUUCCUGUAGGGGGCUGGCCCCACCCUGCCCCACCUGAAGCUCCCCCUCUACCUCCCAGCGCCCAGCGCCUCCUGGCCUGGCCUCCCAUCAGCUGCCACUUUCUAGAAAGCUUUUGCCCCUGGCAUGUGGCACCCUGGCCGCUGGGGCUGGCUUAGGAGGCAAAAGAGCUGCAGGGGUCAUGACCAGCCCCUGCCUCUGGGGAGGCCCUGUGAUGGGAGCCAGGGUUCUCCCAGGACACUUAGUUUCUCCAUCUGUAGGAUGGGAGUACAGGGCCCGGUGACACAGAAUCUGGGCUUCUGUCUCCCUGGCUGACAGGUGGGGAGGUCGGAAUCCCUAGAGAGAUUCUCAAGGUUCAGGAGGUAUGAAUUAACGUUCUUCUGUUCAGCCAGCUACUCCUCAAGGAGCUGUAGCUUUCUCCUCGCACUUUCAUCCACCUAAGAGCUGGGGAAGGGACCCUGGCAUCCCUGGCUCCUGGCUGAGCAGGGGCCUGGCCUCGGACAGUGAUGUUCAUCCAGAAGCCACCUCUCCUUGAUGCCAAUCUCCACUUUCCCAGGCCCGAGCUGGUCUGGGGCCGUCCACGCUUCAUGCUGGGGGCUGAGCCAAGUCCAGGACACUCUGGCCCACAGCCCCUGUCCCAGGCACUUAGGACACACCUCUCCAUACAAGUGCCCCUGUCCAUGUCUGCCUGGCCCCAUAAGUGCCGGGGUCUUCUUCCUUAUCACCGCCAGUCUCACUCCACCCACCAGAGUCUCCAGGGCCAGGCGGGCCCCACAUCUGUGAUGAGCAUGUGGAUGCGCCUGCGAGAAAUGUCCACAUGUGUGGAUCAAGAUGCGCACUGGACCUGAUAUGGGACCUUGGAGGAAUUCCUCACCCUCUGUUUGGGUGAGGAAUUUCAACAGGCCUGUUUGCCCUGUUGAAAAAUGAGCAAGAUGGACUCGUUGACUUCUGGUGCCCUGCCAGCACUAACAUUCUCGAAUAUUGCAGGGGGUGGCACACUUGCCCAGAUGAAGCAAAGCCAAACACUCCAAACCUCCGUCCUAGGGGUCAGCUGGGGUCUGGAGAGAUUCUGGACCAUGCAUCACACUCUGGGCAUUCAGAACUAUGCCCCUUCCCCAGACUCCCGGCAAGUCCCAAAAGGCCAGCUGCACAGAUCUUGACUCGGAGUGACAGCCAGUGUCUUGGAAAGCCCCCAGCAGCUGCCCCAUGGGAAGACCACGGGGCCCUCUCAGACCCACCGAUGACCUCUGGAGUCAUCCUGAGCAAAGGAGACAGAGGGGGCAGAUCAGACACCCUUGUGCAGUCUGCUCUCCAGCACCUGCUGUCCAAGUCUGUGCCACAAACAUCAUGGACAGUGAGGGCUCCUGGGGGCCCCCAGAAAGUACAAGAAGGCUUUGUAGGGAACCUGAGAGGGGUGCAAGAGGCGGGUACUUUGGCGGUUGCCUUCUCACCCAGCAGCUGCCUGGUCCCUGAGGGAGUCACUGCCCAGGCCCGCUCGCAGCACUCUGCCAACCAUACCCCAGCUAGGUGAGCCGCGGGGGUGCCAGGGGAGCGAGAGCCAUGGCCAAGACUCCUGGCAGGAGGAGAGCCAGAAGUGGGCACCAGCCCCCUCUGCCAGGCCCAGGAGAGGGAGGAGGUUCUCACUACGGUACCAAAGAUGUAAUCACCUAGGUUUACAAGUAUUUUUAGGACUCACAUUAACUCACAUUUAUACAGCAGAAGUGCUAUUUUAUAUGCCAUCAAAUUUUCCUAUCUGUGUACUUUUUUUUUUUAAGAGAAAGAUUUUAAUAUUAAACCUGGUGCUUCUCACUCAUGGACUUCGUGGUCUCUCGCGGGUUUAGGCCCUGCGCCUGGGAGGUGGCAGGAGUGGAGUGGGGCAGAUGGGGCUGAGCCCUAGCCACAGUGUCCCCACACAGGGUCCUUCAGCUCGGAGUCUCAGUUCCAUCUGUAAAAUGGGGUUCGCACACUCCCUCCACCACCUGCUAGCAGCUGGACGGCCUGGACCUUGGGCUUCGGCUUCUCAAGGUGUGAAAUGGAAAGGCCCUUGGGGCUCUGCAGUGCCUGGCUCUGGGACAGGCCGGACCGUUCACAGGCUCCUGUUGAGAAGCCUGAGCCCCUCCUGCGGCCCCCCCCCCCCCCGCCCCACCAUGUGCUUUGGCUUUGGCUGGUAAGCUGGGACACCCCCUGCGCUCCCCUCCAUUCUGCCCGUGGGCCAGAGGGAGGCUGGUGUGGCUUGUGACAGGCAUCCGCUCCAGCCCUGAUUCCAGGCCCCGGUGAGUAGCGGCUGGGUCUCAAGGAGGAGCAGGGCAGACAGAGCCCCCAUGGGGGCCGGAGAGCAGUAAGAAGUGAGGAGAGAGGGCAACUAGAGAAGGAAGAGGAAGAGAGAGGAAGGUGG